AAAAAAAAAAAAACCCUUAACCAGUUGGCCUGUAUUGUAUUCUCACUUCAGUAGCGCUUGCUCCUUGUCUGAUUUUACACCGAAUUCUUCUAAAAAUCAACAGUUGCCAUUUGAAUUGCAAUUCUCUCUGAAUCUCAUCUGGGUAUCUCAAGAGUUGAAGAAUUUAUUGCAAUUGAGGCAUUGAGGGUAUUGAUAUUCGAUCUAGUUCAGAGAAAUCAUAGGAAUCCAAGAAAUAGAAGUUGAACGGCGCCAAAAGGAAUAGAGAUGUUGGUUUGUGUUUUAUAAAAUAGCAAUCGAAAGAGAGAUCUGCGUGUGAUUUUGCUUUCUGGGUUUAUUUGCAAAUGGAGUACAGGAAAAUCAAGGAUGAGGAUAAAGAUGAGGGUGCCGCCGGUGAUGACAUAGAGAGCUUGAGAAACAAAUCUCUUUCAGCUCCUAUAAGUAAUAUGGCUACAUUGGGGGGUGACUCAAAUGACAGAUCCAAGUGGAAGCGCAAGACAAUUGUUACACUUGCAUUGACUAUUCUAACAAGUUCACAAGCAAUACUUAUCGUUUGGUCCAAGAGAGCUGGCAAGUACGAGUACAGUGUUACUACUGCAAAUUUCUUGGUGGAGACUUUAAAAUGUGUAUUAUCACUUGCAGCCUUGGCAAGAAUCUGGAAAAAUGAAGGUGUUACUGAAGAUAACAGGUUGUCUACUACUUUGGAUGAAGUUAGUGUUUAUCCCAUUCCUGCUGCACUUUACCUUGUCAAGAAUUUGCUUCAGUAUUACAUCUUUGCCUAUGUGGAUGCUCCCGGUUAUCAAAUACUCAAAAACCUUAAUAUUAUAAGCACUGGUGUUUUAUAUCAAAUGAUACUUAAGAGAAAGUUAAGUGAGAUUCAGUGGGCAGCUUUCAUUCUAUUAUGCGCUGGAUGUACCACAGCACAAUUGAACCCUUCUUCUGAUCAUGUUCUUCAAACACCUUAUCAGGGUUGGAUAAUGGCCAUUGUAAUGGCACUUUUAAGUGGUUUUGCUGGAGUGUACACUGAGGCUAUAAUUAAAAAGCGUCCUUCAAGAAACAUAAAUGUGCAAAACUUCUGGUUGUAUGUCUUUGGGAUGGUCUUCAAUGCUGUUGCCAUUCUGAUUCAAGAUUUUGAUGCAGUCAUGAACAAGGGGUUCUUCCAUGGAUACUCCUUGAUUACAGUUCUCAUGAUUCUCAAUCAUGCACUCAGUGGCAUUGCUGUAUCCAUGGUAAUGAAGUAUGCGGACAACAUUGUAAAGGUCUAUGCUACUUCAGUGGCGAUGCUUCUCACAGCAAUUGUGUCUGUGUUUCUAUUUGGCUUUCAUCUAUCCCUUGCUUUCUUCCUCGGCUCAACUGUUGUCUCUGUCUCCGUUUAUCUGCACUCCAUCAGCAAGUUAACAAGACAACGAUAGUGACAUCUUAUGAUCUCUGCGAAAUCCAGUGUAAAGAAGGAGAGAACCGUCCUUGGAGGUCAGUCUUGUAGCGUUUUCGUUUUCGUUUUUCUUUUCCAUGAAAUAUAGGUUCUUGGUGUUCCUGGCUAGACAACUGUUCUUGUCUGUGAUCGCUGCUGGUCUUGUAUGACGUUUCACUCAUGGUUGCAAUAGCUAUUAGCAACUGCUCCAAACAACGUCCUGUGGAACCUGAAGCCUCCAAAUUCAGCAUAGUUAAGUGAUAGUGGAGACAAUAUCAAAUUCUUUUUGCUGCCAUUCUUGAUUUCCUUGAGAAUCACACGCCUAGCCAUUCUCAUGCCAAACUCCAUCUUGAUCUUGCUAGUAAUUCCCUCCUCCUUUGGACUUGUAGGAGCUGUUAAAAAUUGUCAAUUACACUAUGUUUAAAUCAUGA